UCUCACACACAACACAAACCAAAGCUCAAACAAAAACCAAAACACCCAUUCAUCGUAAACUGCGAAACUCAAACUCAAACUCAGUUUUUGUUUUUUCUUCUUCAAUCAAUUCCAACGAAGAUUUCAACAACAACCACAACCUUCUAUUCUUCUUCUUCUUCUUCUUAUUUGUUACCGUGUUUAUCCGGUUAUUUUUACUGGUUCGGUGCCGUGUAUAGUCUGAAAUGUUACCGGCGCAACCGGUGAUAAAAACCGUGGUGGUCACAAUCUCACGAUACAGGUGAGUAAGAGAACUGAAGAGAAGAGAAGAGAAGAGAAGAGAAAAUCGUACGGUGGAGAUUGAAUCUGGUGGGACCCACUAAAGAUGGAAACAACAACUCCAAAAAACAAUAGCCAAACUAAACUCACCCGAACCAAAUCCUCUUUGCUUCGGUGUUCUUCUCCAACCACCCGAUCCUCCACUCCAAGCCUCAUUCCGAGCCUUGGUUCCGUCAACGAAGAAGAUUUUUACGACGAAGAAGAACAUGAUAAAAACAACAAGUACAAAAACAAAAAUAAGAAAAAGAAGAAAACCCGGUUCGGUUCUCAUUCUCGUUCAAGUUCGGGUUUUGGUUCAACCCGGUUUCUAGGUUUUUUCAGUCUAUGUUCUAUCUUCUUCUAUAUAUUCUAUUUUUUCCAUAUCGGUUCAGUGGGACCCACUUCCGAAAAUGUGUUGCUGAUUCUAAUAUUCAUCGCCGUAGCGCUUUAUUUCAUAAACAGAAACAAACGCGUGAUUCAUAGAAGCGUUUCUGUUUUAAAACAUUCAUGGGACGGGAAUUUAAAACGACUCGGUUUUUCUUCCAAAGGAAGUGAAAAACCGGUUCAAUGGUUCAUAGGAGAACCCGGUUCAGCAGAGGAGAAUGAAAAGAACGUGAAAGGGUUGUUAAAAGAAGGUGUUGAAGUUGAAUUUUACAGCAAUGGUGAUUUCUACGAAGGAGAAUUUCACGGUGGAAAGUGUAAUGGAAGUGGAGUUUAUCAUUAUUAUGUGAGUGGAAGAUAUGAAGGUGAUUGGGUUGAUGGAAAAUAUGAUGGUUAUGGAAUUGAAAGCUGGGCUAGGGGAAGUAGAUAUAAGGGUUGUUAUAAACAAGGUUUGAGACAUGGUUAUGGUGUUUAUAGAUUUUAUACUGGUGAUUGUUAUUCUGGGGAAUGGUUUAAUGGACAGAGUCAUGGUUUUGGUGUUCAAUCUUGUUCUGAUGGGAGUUGUUAUGUUGGUGAAUUUAAGUUUGGUUCUAAACAUGGUCUUGGUUCUUACCAUUUUAGGAAUGGAGAUAAAUACACAGGGGAGUAUUUCGGAGACAAAAUGCAUGGAUUUGGAGUUUACCAUUUUGCGAAUGGACACUGUUAUGAAGGAGCAUGGCAUGAAGGUCGUCGACAAGGUUAUGGUGUUUAUACAUUUCGAAAUGGAGACCGAAGAUGUGGUGAAUGGGACAGUGGUGACCUCAAGCACUCUCUACCACCACAAACUCAGGCUGUCCUUACAUCAGCUCAGGCUGCUAGGAGAACCGCAGAAAAUGCGAUAAACCAUCCCCGGAAUGAUGACCAAGUGGAGAAAGCAGUAAUGGCAGCAAACAGGGCCGCCACUGCUGCUAGAGUUGCAGCUGUGAAAGCUGUUCAGGAUAGAAUGGGUGGAAAAUUUUGCGAUGAUCAAGUUUAAAAGUGAGUGAGGGAGUGAUCUUAGAUGUUAGCCUUUGCUUCGAAUUGUAGAUUCUUACUAAUUAUAUGAGUGAUUUGGAAGAUGCGCCACCCUGGUGAGCAAAAAAGCUUACCGGAGGAGGUUGAAGAGAGUAUUUUCUGAUGUUUCUUUCACAAAGUAACUUGUACAGAAACAUGUAAAGAUUAAUCAUCACUAGUACUUUUUUUUAUGAAAUGAGCUUCAAUGAAAUUGGAGUGUACUUUGACUGAAGAAAUGAGAUUUCAAGAGAAAAUGGAGUUUCACAAUA